ACCUUGAGCCGUGACGUCAGAGGCUGGGCGGCCCGUCCGAACAUGGCCUUCAUGAGACUGGCCAAGUUACCCAUAGAUCAAGACCUGAAGGACAGGAUAGCAAGAUCAUCAUUAAAGACUGUCAAGGAUGUACUCUCCCUGCCUCCACUACAAGUGAUGACACUGCUUAAUAUGAGCGCUGAUGAAUGUAAGCUGUUUAUGGACAAAUUGUUCAAUGUCUGUAUCCCAAAACAUGUAACAGCCUUUGAUUUAAGUGAAGAAGAGAGAAAAGGCAGUUACUGGCUGGGAACAGAUACUUUAGACUCUAUGCUGCAUGGUGGCCUUCAUGCAGGCUCCCUCACAGAAUUUGCAGGUCCAUCAGGAGUUGGCAAAACCCAGUGGUGCCUAUAUAUAGCUAUCCUCACAGUCAUAGCAAAGAGAGACAGCAGUAACAAUAUUACAACAAUGUAUAUUGAUACAGAAACAGCCUUUAGACCUGAACGAAUAGUUGAGAUUAUUAGCAACAAGUAUCCAGAACAUACAACAGAAAUUUCAAAAUACCUCUCAAAGAUCUACCUUUACCAGCCAAAAACAGUUAGCAGUCUCACUGAAAUAUUAGAAUCUCUAGAAGUUAUUGCUGUUGAGAAAGAUGUUGGCCUGUUAAUAGUCGAUUCCAUUGCCUCCUUAGCACGCAAAGAGAUAACUUCUUCAUCCUCGCUCUCUAACAUAGCCAGAACCAACCAACUGGCUUCCUGGGCUGCUAAGUUGAAGUGUUUAGCUCAACAGCUCAAUAUCUGUGUAGUGGUUACUAACCAGGUAACGACACAGGUCGCCAAGAAAGAACUUCACGUAACUGAAGAGAUACACUCGCUUGAUGAGGAAGAUGGAGAACUACAUACAGGCUCAAGAGAGAGAACAUUUUCUCGUCACGUGACCCCAGCUUUAGGGAAUACCUGGACACACUGUGUAAAUACUCGCUUCAUUUUGCAGUUUAAGGACUCGAAAACCAGACAGCUUAUCAUUGCAAAGUCUCCAAUUGCACCAUUUGCUACCUUCAACUACACCAUUGGAGAGAGAGGGAUCAAUAUAGAAGAACAUGAAGGUUUUUAUUCAUACUCUGGAUCAGAUCCAGGUCUUCAUAAAAUCAAGGUUCAACAAGGAAUUAUUCUUUAGGUCUGUGUUAUAGUUUUGCAAUGUACAUUGUUUUUGAAUCAUAUCUCUUGUGUUUUAGUUAGCAGCUAAAGCUAGUAAACACCAACCACAACUUUCAUACUAGAGUAUUUAAGACAUAAAAUCAGUAUGGCAUGGAGAAAUUACAAAGGUAAUUGUGUAUUAUUAUUAUAAAAUUGUGAGAAUAUUUUUAUUAUUUUUAUAAUACAAAUAUUAUAAGUUUUAUUUUGUAAUACCUUUUUAAUGAGUAUUAAUAAUGAGUACCGCAUUAGCAAUGAUAAUAGAUAAAAUGAUUACAAAAUAGUCCAAGUAAGUGUGAAUCUACAAAAUUAGCUUGUUAAAUUACUAAAGUGAAAAAUGUACAAAAAAUUCCUUGAAUUGUAUUCCUUGAAUGAGGAAGAGUAUAUUCUUAUGUUGGUAUUCAAGCCUCUGAACCAGGUACAGAACUUUUCAGUACAGUGCAAUCACGUUUCGGUGAACCAUAUGGGACUAACCCAGGCUCGAUGCGGUGAUAGAUUCGUUACAAAAGGUGAUGCCUCCAGGAGGCGUUUGCCUUCGUGUCUUUUUUUUCUUGUACACAAUAAAAAUGCAUUAUCAUAUUAUAUACUGUACCCAUUAAAUACUACUCUAAUAAAAAAUAU